AUGAGUAGUGGACGGAGAAAGGGCGGAAGUGGCGUACUGCGGGAAGCUGUAGGAGGGAGGCUUAUGGCGGUGGUGCGUCUUUUCUUCUAUCCAUUACAUUUUCUGUUAUUUUUGGGCAGGGUUCUGUUGUCCACAAAGCGCCACUUCUCAUAUGAAUCACAUGAUGAGCCUUUCAGUGAUGCCCUUAGGAAGUUGGAGAUUGGAUUCUUCAAUGUUGUUCUUGAUGCAGCCCUGUCAGCCAUCGCGGAGAGAUUUACCACAUUGGAAAAUGUGGAAAACAAAUUUGGGGUUUUGACAAAUUUCCCUAGUCUUGCAAAUGAGGAGCUGGCAGAGCAGUGCAAUGCACUAGGUACCACACUGCACUUUGAAGGGCAUUCUGAUUUGGACAGUAGAGAGCUUUUGCAGGAAAUCAAGAACUUCCCUCACCUGCCAUCAAAAACCAUGAGCCUCCUUGAGCUUAUCACUUUCAUGCACGAUAAGGAUCUAUCUGAGAUCUACCCCAACUUUUGGACUGCUCUCAGGAUUGCACUUCCCCUGCCAGUGACUGUGGCUCAAGCAGAGAGGAGCUUUUCCAAACUGAAGUUAAUCAAGACAUACCUGAGGUCAAACAUGUCUCAGGAACGGCUCACUGGCCUUGCUGUCAUAAGCAUUAAUCAUUCAGUAGGGGAGCAUAUCUCAUAUGAUGCCAUUAUUGAUGACUUUGCAUCUAGAAAGGCCAGAAAUGUCAGAUUUUAGUUUCAGUUUGUGUUUUCUGUUCUGCAGUAA